AUGGAGACCGGGACCUCUCGUCUCGCUGAUGAAUCUGAAGAUAAUGGACUCGGCAAGUACCCCAAUCGCGAGAGCCCUGAGGUCGAAGGAGAGCCUCAUGUUCUCCCGGGCACCAAUGCAGCUAUUGCAGCUGUCGUCAACGAUAUCCAGAACGCCGACACCACGAAGGCGUCCAAGGUUAUUAGUUCAACCAGUGCCAUGAACUCUUCGCUUGGGAGCGCACUUAAUAUCGACACCUCAGGCCCGGUCCAUCCCAAGGUAAAGAAGCGCAGCUCCCGAAAGGAGCUGAAACGAGCCGUUGAUACCAUCGGCAACAGCCUAACAGCCAUUUCGGCAGGCCAAUCUCUCCAGCUUCAGGACCAAGCAGGUCAACUUCGCGAAUGCCACGAAAAUCUCAACGACCACUCCAGUCAGCUUCGAGAGCAGUCCAACCGUUUUCAAAACCUCGAUGACCAACUCCGCAGUCACUCCGACUUGCUUCAGAAGCAAGAAAUCACUCUAAAUCAGCUCCGUCAGGACAACCGAGCCCUCCGAGGCAGCCUACAACGGGUACUUCAGUCCCUUUCCCAGGUCAUCACUAUACUCCGGAAGUCGAACAAGGGCGACAAACGGGCGCUCAGGUCAACAAAGAAGCGUGCCGAGAGGGAGCUGAAGGAGUUCAAGUCGGCAGACAAGACCACCAAGGUCCUGAAGCGAAGUCUCAAGAGCUUGGACCGUGUCCUGACACCCGCAGACGUGGUUGGUGUUCAGCAGGUGGCCGGCGGCAAAAGUGAGGGCCAGGAACAAGAGGGUUGA